AUGUCCAUCAAAGACAUGGGCGUGGACAUCACUUACCCAGCCCACAUUAAGGCGGAGCCAUCAAGCCCCACCUCCUUGUCAGAGAGACUGAACCAGAAUAGUCCUGGGGGGCUUUCAGACGGUGGGAGCAGCUGCAGCUCUGUCUCUAGGGGGGUGUCACAUGAUUCACUUUCCCUCUACACGGUUCCAGGGAGCGCUGUGGGAUCAACAGGCGCCCCCAUCAGGCCAUUUGAGGAGAGCGCAUUGAAAGGCGGGUACUCGAGUUCGGGGGCCAAGCGCGCGUGUCUAGUGUGUGGAGAUGUGGCGUCAGGAUUUCACUAUGGCGUCGCUUCCUGUGAGGCCUGCAAAGCCUUUUUCAAACGGACUAUUCAAGGGAAUAUCGAGUAUAGCUGUCCGGCCAGCAGUGAAUGUGAGAUCACUAAGAGGAGGAGAAAGUCCUGUCAGGCCUGUCGGUUCAUGAAGUGUCUGGCAGUGGGCAUGCUCAGAGAGGGUGUGCGUUUGGACAGGGUGCGAGGUGGGAGGCAGAAGUACAAACGGAGAAUAGACUCAGAUAACAGCUCUUAUCUACAGCUGUCUCUGCCACAGAAAAAAACAUUCCUUGGUGGUGGGCAUGUGGAGAAUAAGGUUGUGUCACAUCUGUUGGGGGCAGAGCCAGAGAAGAUCUAUGCCAUGCCUGACCCCGCCCUUCCUGACUCUGACAUCAAGGCGCUUACCACACUGUGUGACCUUGCUGACAGGGAAUUGGUUGUCAACAUUGGCUGGGCCAAACACAUCCCAGGUUUCUCCAGCCUGUCUCUGCCAGACCAGAUGAGUCUACUGCAGAGUGCGUGGAUGGAGAUCCUGAUCCUGCGUGUGGUCUUCCGCUCGCUGGGCUGUGAGGAUCAGCUGGUGUUUGCAGAGGAUUACGUAAUGAAUGAGGAACAGGCCAAACUGGCUGGCCUGCAGGACUUAUACACCGCUAUCUUACAGCUGGUCAGAAAGUACACCUCCAUCAAACUGCACAGGGAAGAGUUUGUCACACUCAAAGCCAUAGCACUCGCUAACGCAGACUCCAUGCAUAUAGAGGACUGGGUUGCAGUGCAGCGGCUGCAGGACAGCCUGCAUGCGGCGUUGCAGGAGCUGGUGUCUGUACUUCAUCCUGAGGAUGGCCAGCGGGCGGGGCGGCUGAUCAUGACUCUGCCUUUGCUCCGUCAGACUGCAGCCAAAGCUGUCCAGCACUUCUGCAACAUCAAACAGGACGGUCGUGUGCCCAUGCACAAACUCUUUCUGGAACUUCUGGAGGCUCAUGCCUGA